GACUUUCUCUUGUCCUGGAAGCGGAACGGAGGUCGUCGGGACGGUCGACAUUUUGCUAGUUUCUGGGAAAAAAAAACAGCAGUUUUUGGUGGUGUUGGGGGCAACUUGGUUGUCCUCGGAGUUCCUGUUUGUCGCCUGGCAGGUAGACGUUGUAAUCAUGUGGUAUGAAAUUCUGCCCGGGCUCGGUCUCAUGGCCGUAUGUCUGAUCGUUCCGGGCGUCGCCACCGCGCAGAUCCAGAAGUUCACCAACGGAGGAAAGGAGAAGAGAGUCGCUCGGGUUCCCUGGCAGUGGUACCUGAUGGAGAGAGACAAGCGAGUAUCCGGAACGCGACGUUACUUUGACUCCAAGGGACUUGAGAACAUCCACUGAUAAUGGACACGGAGAGACCCAAGAGAAGAAAAGUUCUUUGUUGUACAUUAAAAAUUAUAUUUAACAUUCACUUGUUUAAAUUGUCAGUUUUUUUUAAGAUGGUUGAUUAAAAUCUUCCACCCUGGA